CACUAAGUUGCGUUUCUUCUUCUUCUCUGUCUGCAGCGGUGGAGGACAGGAAGCUGUUUAUCGGCAUGGUGUCGAAGAAGUGCAACGAGAACGACAUCCGGGUCAUGUUCUCUGCGUUCGGGCAGAUCGAGGAGUGCCGGAUCCUGCGGGGGCCGGACGGACUGAGCAGAGCCCCCCCCCCAAACCUUCACCACCUCCUCCCGACCUCCAUUCAUUCACCUGCCCGCAGCUCUUUCGUGCUGCUUGUUCAUUCACACAGAUGUGCGUUUGUCACGUUUUCCACCAGAGCUAUGGCACAGAAUGCAAUCAAAGCCAUGCACCAGUCUCAGACUAUGGAGGGCUGCUCGUCCCCCAUCGUGGUGAAGUUCGCCGACACGCAGAAGGACAAGGAGCAGCGGCGUCUGCAGCAGCAGCUGGCGCAGCAGAUGCAGCAGCUCAACAGUGCGACCACCUGGGGGAGCCUGACGGGCCUGGGGGGCCUCACCCCGCAGUACCUGGCUGUAAGGAGAGCCGCCGCGUCGCCCACCACCAUCACCACCUCCUCCGCCCCUUACUACAGCCCCGUGGCCAACGCCGCCGCACUGCUGCAGCAGGCCACCUCCUCCAGUAACUUGGGAGCCUUCAGCGGGAUCCAGCAGAUGGCCGCCAGCUCCAACGCCGGCGCCAUGAACUCUCUGACCUCUCUGGGCACCCUGCAGGGCCUGGCGGGCGCCACCGUGGGCCUCAACAACAUUAAUGCACUAGCAGGUAGCGUCAAUAUUGCUCAAAUGCUCUCAGGUAUGGCGGCUCUGAACGGAGGCCUGGGGGGCGCGGGGCUCACCAACGGGACGGCGGGCACCAUGGACGCGCUGACGCAGGCCUACUCAGGGAUCCAGCAGUACGCCGCCGCCGCGCUGCCCACCCUCUACAGCCAGUCCCUGCUGCAGCAGCAGGGGGCCGCCGGCAGCCAGAAAGAGGGUCCCGAGGGCGCCAACCUGUUCAUCUACCACCUGCCCCAGGAGUUCGGGGACCAGGACAUCCUGCAGAUGUUCAUGCCUUUCGGAAACGUGGUCUCUGCCAAAGUCUUCAUCGACAAACAGACGAACCUGAGCAAGUGCUUCGGCUUCGUCAGCUACGACAAUCCGGUGUCGGCGCAGGCAGCCAUCCAGGCCAUGAACGGCUUCCAGAUCGGCAUGAAGCGGCUGAAGGUGCAGCUGAAGCGCUCCAAGAACGACAGCAAACCGUACUGAGCUUAGCACUAGGGUCUGUCUGCCCCCCCCGUUAGCACUGCUAGGGUAAGUCCCCCCACCGCCAGGUGAAAACGAAAAAAACAAACCGAGCCAAGACCUCGUUACGCAGUGACUGGGGAGGGGGGAGGGGGGGGGAGACGACCUACAACCGCCCUGAGGGAGACGCACACGCCUUGUUCUUUUCUUUCUUUUUCUUGCUUUUUUGAAGAUUUUUACGUUAGCUUAUUAUUAUUUAUUACAGUUAUGAUUUUUUUCUUUUUUACACACAUGAACGCUUCCAUUACCGCCAUUUCUUUGUGCAAUUUUCUUUUUUUCUUUCUUUUUUUAAACAAUGGAAGGAAGGAGCUAUCUUGGGUAGCUUUUUAAAAACGUUUGUUUAGAAGUUGUUGUUGUUUUUUUUUAUUUCUCAGAGAUUAUUCUCACAUUUCUGAGGACUAGUUACAGCCACGAGGUAAAGACCAAGGAGCCAUGAUGAUUUUAAACGUUUUUUUUUCUUCUCUCUCUCGUUGUGAACCCUGAGACCUGGCGAAGGGUUUAAUAUAAUUUUUUUGACGCGCAUGCCGAUAUGCACAUCCGACCUUUGACCUCCGCGGUGUUGGUUGCAGGCCGCCGCUGCUUCAACGAAAAAAAAAACCCUUCUAUGCCUGCUGGCAACCCGGGAGCAAAGGCUGCAGAAACGAUAGUGGCCUCUUUACAUUCUAGUCCGUUACACUCCACCACCACCAGAAGAAGAAACACAACACACACUCCAGCUACGUCUUAUUAUUUAUGUGAAGAUAAAAAACAGUGUUUUUAUUUCUCAGAUGGUGAAAAAAAUAAGAUUAGUAACUAUAUUUCCGGGUCAGAUCACAUUGGUCUUUGUUGUGAAAAGGAUAUUUACCGCAUGUAGAACAUUGUCAAAAAUAACAUCCAGAAUUUGAUGAAGGCUAUAAAGAUAAUUCUAAUAAUAAAAGAGUUUAUGGGUUCGAGGUGGUAACUGAAAAUACUUGAUGUUUGUUGAAAGAUUUAAAAAAGUGAAUAAGUCAAAGUACAGAAAGCCACAGGCCUGUAAAUUUUAUUUGUAAAAGAAACUGUUCUAUUUUUAUACAACAUUUUUACUGCCUCAGAUGAAAAAAAAGGUUUUAUUUAUUGCCUAUCGUUAAGUUAUUGGACUCCUAUAAAAUAUUCAGCGUCGUUAAAGUAGACCCUCGUGGAGAAGUCUCGUGGAUUCGGGUUCUCCGGUGUUUUCCAUCUUUUCUUCAGUGCAGAAAAACCACAAUCACAACACGCCGGCAUUCAACCCCCCCCCCCCCCCCCCCCCCCUCCCUGGAUCAUUCAUUCAUCCAUUCUGUGCUGUUCAUCCAUCCAUUCCCCCACCUCUCCUCCACCCGCUCCUCCCUCCCUCCUCGCUCGCUCCAUCCGUAGUGAGACUUCUUCACUCGUCAAUUCUUCCUUUCCAAUUUGAUUUGUUUAUUUUUCUGAGUGUUGAGCGUUUUUUGUUGUUCGUACCCCCCCCCUGCCCCCCCCCCCCCCCCCCGCCCCCCCUCCAAAGAUAUUGAAUUUUUUUUAAAAGAGAUAGAGAAAGAAAGAUAAGACCCACCUCCCCGUCUCCCAAAGAAUAUGACUAUUUUCUCCCAAAUGACAGCAUCCAUCUUGGACCUGAUGGAUAAAGCUUUGGGUGCUCUUUGUUGUGUGUGUGUGUGUGUGUGUGUGUGUGUGUGUGUGUGUGUGUGUGUGUGUGUGUGUGUGUGUGAGAAUGUGUGUGCGUUUGUUGUUUUUGUCGUUGCCUGUUAGUAUAGACCUAUAACAUGAUAUCAUUUAAAAAAAUAAAAAUAAUCUAAGCCUAAAAAAUGUUCCGAUGAAACCAGUGAGUGGCGUUGCUGUUCUGCCGGUUUGCAUUGUUGUUGUUUGUUUGUUGUUGUUGUUGUUUGUUGUUGUUUCUCCUGAUUUUUUACAGAAACAAAAUGCUGUGGUGGUGUGGUGCUCUGGCUCUCUGUGUGUAACUCUCUCCUCUCCCCUGUUUUUUCUUUCCCCCUUUUAGAACAACCCAUCUCCAUGCCUGUUAGCUCAUCGUUUGCCUAGCAUGUCUCCGUGGCGUCCAAAAAAAACAAAAACUCCUAAACGAAAACAAACAAAAUGCCCCCCACCAAAACAAAAAAGCGUCAGCGUCCUCCCCCCGUCGUUGUUUUUUCUGAUGUCUUUCCCGAGCUCACCUGAUCAUAACCGGGUUCUUCUUCGCCGCCUACUGACCUUUUGAACUUUGAACUUUUUUGGAUUUUUUUUUUUUUGAUGUUGGGUUUUUUCGUCGUUGUAUUUUUUCCUUGCAUGUGACCUCAUUUAGACUUGUUUUCCGGGAGGGUUUCAGGGAGGGGAGGGAGGCGACAUCAGGGGAGGGGCGGGUGAGAAGAAAAUGAAUCAAUGUGAAAAAGAUCUAAAGCUGCAUUCGUAUGAAAAACUAAAAAAAGACUGAGAUUUUUAUGGAAAAACUAAUGUUCUUUUUGGAGAAAAAAAUUAUUUCCAUACUGUAUGUUUUCCUGCAGUUUUCUUUUUUUUUGGUUUCUUCUCCUUCUUCUUUAUGUCUCCUUUUUUUCUUUUCUUCUUCAUUUAAAGUAAACUUGAAAGUUCACUACGGGAAUUGGCGCGCCAUCUUGCUUCUGGCGCCGACGACUAUAAAAAAGAAAACCUGCGCGUUCCGGCCCAGAAGCAGUCCACGCCAGUUCCUCUGAAAAAUAAGACUACUUCCAAACAGUUUUGAAUAAAAACUGUCUGAUCAAUAUUAGACUCUCUCCGAGCUCUCCAAUGGUUUUUACAUUUUUCAGGCAGUGUAAAGUUUUUUGAUAAGGCCAUUUUAAGUGGCUCUGUUUCUCAUUCAAAGUCUAUAUAUAGAACCACUUUUUCUAGAGUAGUUUAAAGGUAAAAAAUAAAAAAAGACAUUUGCCCUGUUUGGGUGGGAGAAAUGCUACCUACUUGUGUCACCUUUUGCUGAACUGACUCACAGAUAGACAAUCCGUGGUUUAAAUGCACAUGAUGAAAUGACCUAUAUUUUCUACUGUUUAAAUGUAUAGAGGAAAAAAAAAUACUAAGAUACCUGUAACCUGCGUUAACGUCGGUGCUUCUCGUGAGUUUAGUUGUGGUUUCAUCACAAGUCUAACGGUCUUAAAUGUCUCAUGUUUUUCAAGACUAAAAAAUCAGUUUACUUGAACAAUAGACAAAGCCUUUCAUAUUACUAUAACAGUUACUUUGUUGUGUCUUUACUUUUUGUUUCUUGUUUUUUAAGGAGUCCCUAUUUGCUAAAUUUCUUGUUGGUUUAUUAGCUAUAUAAAAUUCCUAAAAAUAUAUAUAAAUAUAAAUAUAAAUAUAUAUAUAUAUAUAUAAUGUCAGCUUGUGAAGCAUCAAUGUCAUUAUUAUUUUAUUUCUCUCGUGGGAAACAAAUAUUUAGAUGUGUUUUGUUGUUCGGCAAAAUGUCUUAUAAAGAAAAAAGACAACAUCAGUGGAGUUCAGUGCCAAAUUCUGAAGGUACUUCCUGCCUAGCGCGUCAGUGUACUUCUUGUGAAAUGAUUUGAUAACAUGGGUAUUUUAUUAUAAGUGUUUUGUAUGGAUCCCUCAUAUUUAAAAAUAUAGAUUUAAAAAAGAGUUUGUUAACUUGCUAUUCUGUGGUCUUGUUGCCUGAAAAUUGUCAUGUUUGCUUUUUUUUUUUCUUUGUAAAGAUGUAAAAAAAAAAAAGAAGAAAAACAAGGAAAAAAA